CCUCCCGGAAGACGUCGUCUGCAAGUUUUAUAUUUUGUGUACUAGGAACUUGACGCUCAAAAAGCACAAAUCACGGAUUGAAGUUUCCAUUUAUUUGUUUUGUACAGUUUUUUACAGAAAAAAACGAUGGCGAAUUGUAUGAAAUCUACACUACUUGUCUUUAACAUUAUAUGUCUGUUGGCAGGACUAGGGGUGUUAGGACUAGGCUUUUGGGUGAUGCUGGAGGGGUCAAAGUUCCUUAUCCUUUUGGAGGCCAGCCUAUUGUCCAAAGCGUCCUACAUGCUGAUUGCUGUUGGGGGAUUCAUCUCAUUCAUAUCGCUGAUUGGUUGCUGGGGAGCGCUCACUGAAAACAGAUGUCUUCUGGGAAGUUAUUUCACCUGCCUACUUCUAAUUACGUUAUUACAAGCUGCAGCCGCUGUUUUGGGCUUCAUGUUCUUCGACAAUGUGGAGAGCUAUCCUGAUAAGUACGUAGGAGACGCUAUUCUAAAGUCGUACAGCUUGGCGGGGAAGAAUCUGGUCACUACUGCAAUAGAUACCCUGCAGGAUAAGUUUAGUUGUUGUGGGUACAACAGCCCGUUUGACUGGGGACAUUCUGAAACCUUCAACACUUCCGUGGUGGCUGUCCCGAUCUCUUGCUGCUUCAACCAGAACGAGCCGAUGUGUAACGAGCAGGUUCUUCCCACAAAGAUCCACAUCAAAGGAUGUAAGACAAAACUGGUUUCCUGGCUGAAGGACAAUGUACAGGUGAUUUCAGCUGUGUCCAUCUGCGUAGUGUUUAUCCAGUUGAUUGCAAUGACCAUUUCAAUGUGCCUAUGUAAGCAGGCCGGAGAGUGGAGCCACCGUGCGUAGAAUACCUAGCUUCACAUGGAACGAAUGAUUAUGGAUCUAGGUUAUGUUCGACCGAUAUAUUUUACACCUACAUACAUAUAUUUGAUAUGUCUGAUUGAUUCAUUUAAACCUAGAAAUAUUUAGGUGAGUUGGUCCAUAAAUUUAAGAUCUAUCUAUAUUUGUGCAUCAAAAUCUAGUAAUAUUUGUGUUUGUUUAAUAUACUGCAUACCGGUAAAUUUUCCGCCCAGUCAAAUUGUCGCCCCUUUAAUAGUAGAAAUCAUUUGCGUGAAGCAUUAAUUUCGCCUUUGACAUGUUUAAAAAUAUGAUUUAUAUAAUAUUUAGGAAUUUAAGUUUAAUUUUCAAAUAAACGAAGAAAAAAUCGUUAUAUUUGAUGGAUGGAUCAAGACAUUUCAACUUUGGCUGUAUGUUUGGAACAGUGAAGUGAAUGGUUUGGAAAUAGCUCUUUAUUUGUGUAUGUUUAAACCAACACCUAGGGCAGCUUUGCUAUUGUAUUAUAGUGUACAUUACUGUUGUAUUAAGAGUUUUAAACAUUUUGUUUUAAAUUGACUUUUCCCACGAUAUUGCUUCCGUCUUUGCGUAUUGCAGAGUUAUCUUCU